AAAGUGUCGGUACAUACUUGUUGGAGCAAAACGUGCAGAAACCGACCAAUUUUUUCCUAAAUCAAUAUUAUCCGUUAUUAUUUAAUAUAAUAUGGAUAAUGAUAGCAUGAAUUUUCAUAAUAUCGUAGACAGUACCGAACAUGAUUAUAAAGUAAAGAAAACGAAAGAAUCAAUGUUGUUAUUGAAACAGAAAAUGUGCAAAACAGAUAUUUUAAUUAAGCAAUAUACUCAAAAUAUGAAAGAAGUUGAAAAUUUAAAAUCAAAUUUGGAAAUCGCAAAGAAAGAGGCCAAACACAUAAUAUCCGAUUAUUCGUCCGCCAAGGAUGAGAUAAGGGAGUUAAAAUGUAAAAUUGUAAAAUAUGAACAAAGCAAUGAAAAAUUAACGAACAAAAUAAAUGACUAUAACAUAAAUAUAGCUGCAGAUAAACAGAGUAUACAACAAUUAACAUGUAAAAUAAAAGAACUGGAAGAAGAACAAUCAGCUAAAAUUAUGGAACAUAAUUUGGACAAGUCAUCCUUCGAAGAUAAAAUUAAAGAAUUGGAACAUGAAUUAAAAAUGUUAAAAAAGGAUGAUAUAUCAACUGUGACGAAAAAAGGUGGUAAAAAAAAGGAGAAAAAAAUAAUUUCUACAGAUGUUGAUACGUCUAAGCAAAGUAUAAGUAUAAAAUCUACUUCAGAUAUUGGUAUUAAUGUAUCACUGUGUAAUAUUGAAUCAAGCAUAAAAUGCGAAGUACGAGACCAAAAUAUUAUGACUGAUGAAUUUUAUCACACAAAAAAUAAUCCACAUCCAUUGUUUUGUGAAAAAUGUGAAGCUCAUUUGUCCCCAGAGUUGACUCCUGAAAAAAUAUUCAAAACUAUGGUUGCAUGUCCAAAAUUAAUUGAAAAAGAUUUGCCUCCUUCACCGAAAAAGAUUUAUUCGCCGCCAUGUCAUUCAUUAUCUAAUACCUACCUGGAUUUUACAAAUAGAAAUGAAGACUCUCUCUCUAAAAUAUCAUCUAUACCUCAUCUAUGUCCUUAUAGCCCAUAUAGUGAUUCAAUAGCAGGCAAUAUAAAAUCACAAUCGGGGAGGUCAUCCACAAUGACACAAAUUUGCGAAAAUGUUGAAUUAAGAAAUACGGAUAUUUCACAUAUACCACUUGUAACCAAUAUACCCAGUAAUCUCAAUGCAAUUCCUACCUUAUUGAAGAAAAAAAUAGAUACUAAUUCUCGUUGUCGUUGCGUUAUGAAUCAUAAGGAUGAUAUCUCGCUAAAUUCGAAUCUAAUUUCUUUAAUCUGUAAAGGUGUAGCAGAAUAUUUCAAUGAGAAAAAAGAAGCAUGUCCUAAAAAUGAGCGAGAUAUCGAUUCGGAAAAGUGUAUUUGUUGCUCAAAAAGGACAGAGCUAAAAAGGAGACAAUCAUGUAAUGCAUAUAAAAGCAUGUUUUCGAAAAUUGAAAAUUUUGAUGAAAAUGAACGAGUACGAGAUACAUGUUGUGAUAAAACUGAGAAUGCUACGAAUAUUAUUGAUGUUUUACAAUUUAAUCAUACAUCUAAGAAUAUAUUGUCGAGUGUACAUAAGAAUUCAUAUUCCAAUAUAAAUAUAUCCAGCACAUCUCUUAAUGACAUUGAAAUCGACAAAGAGUUACUUCAUAAGCAAAAUACAUUGCAUUCAGUAGAAGUAGUACCUGUUGAAAAUAAUUUUACGAUGUCACGUUUAAGCAUUGACAAAUUAUAUGUAAACAAUGAUAUCUUAAAUAAAAAUAAUGUAGUAGACGCUAACGAUGUAGAUAAUCAAACUGAAACUGGAACAAUGUCCUUGUCUAACAAUAAAAAAUCUUUGGAUCAUGCUGAUGAAAAAAAUAAAAUAGAAAGAAAGGGCCAAAGUGUGCAUAAAGAUCAAGUUGAUGAAAUGUACACAAGAGAUGAUUUCUUAAGUAAUCAUACUAUUGAUAUUCAGAUAGAAACUAGAAAUAUAUCUAAUGAAAAUUCUACUGAUAAUGGCAAAAUUAUUGAUAUUAACACAGAAAGUGAAAUGAAAAGAAAGAGUCAAAAUAUGCAUAACGAUAAGAUUAGCGAAAUAUAUGCAAGCGAUGAUCUUUUCGGCAAAAAUAAUGUAAAAGCUAUUGAUAUGGAUAAUCAGAUAGAAGCUAGAACAAUAUUCUUAUCUAACGAUACAAAUUCCACUUAUCAUGCUUAUAGUAAAAUUGACGUGAAUGCAGAAGAAAAUAAAAUAAAAACAAAGGACCAAAAUAUAAAUGAAGAUAAACUUGAUGAAAUACAUGCAAGCGAUAAUCUUUUAAGCAAAAGUAAUGUAGAAACUACUGAUACGAAUAACCAGACAGAAACUAGAACAAUACUAUUACCUAAUAAUGAAAAUUCUACUAUUGAUGGCAAAAUUGUUGAUAUUAAUGCAGACAAAAUUGAAAUAAAAAGAAAGUGCCAAAAUAUAUACAAAGAUGAGCUUAAAAUAAACACAAGCGAUAAUAUCUUAAACCAAGAUAAUGUAGAAAUUGUUGAUAUGGAUAGCCAGACAAAAACUAGAAUGAUAUCUAACAAUGAAAAUUCCACUGAUCUUGCUCAUAAUAAAAGUAUCGUUAUUAAUGUAGAAAAACGUAAUAUAAUGAGAAAAGGCCAAAAUAUACAGAAAGCUAAAGUUGGUGAUCGCUUAUUAAAGAAUUUACGAAAUUUAAAGAGAAAGAAGCAAUCAAUUUCGCGUUUAAAUAAGCAAGAGAAUAUUAAAUCAUAUUCAGAUCACAAUUUUGAAAAUCUUGAAUUAGCAAAAAAACCGCGAAUUGAAAACGAAAAAGAGAUUAAUGACAGUUCAUUAAAUCAUAUUAAAAAUUUGAAAAGAAAUUUAGAUAUACAAGCAGAGUCCACAAAUAAACAAACAGAUGAUAAAUUAUGCUCUAACCAUUAUGAACCGAAAAAAGUACGAAUCGCACAUACUCCAAAAAUGUCAGUUCAUCAAUUGAGCGUCAAUAGAAAUAAUUCUACACAUUGUACGAUAAGAAAUAUAGCUAUUUUAGCUACUUUAGCGAUUCGACAAAAAAAUAAUAAAUGUGAUGAGGAAAACGUUGUCAAGUCUAUCGAAACAAAUAGUAUUGACGAAAGACUUGUAAACGAAAAAAAUUUAAAUUUGAUGAAUAUUGAAAAUUCUCUUCAAAAUAAUGAUAUCACUCCACCUGCUAUUAAUAUUGAACAUGCUGAGCUUGCGAAAUGUGAUGAUGUGAUUGAAGAUACAACCAACAAAAAUAUUUCAAUAGAUAGAGUAGUAGGAGAGACUUUGAACAAUAGUGACGAGUCGAAUGUAGUACACAACAAUAUUGUAAAUGGUACAGCGAAUAAUUUAAAACUUGAAAAAUCAAUUUCAUUGAGAACACGUGUUAUUACCCGCUCUAUAUAUAAAGACUUAAAACAUGACAAAGUUAGUGAAACAUUGGAUACAAUUAAAACUAGAAAAGAGAUGUCGCCAACCGCUGAAUUGGAAUAUGCUUCUGAGAUAUUUGGAAAUAAGAGUCACAACGAUCACAUUUCAAAUGAUGAAUCAUCGGUUCUAUCUGAUCGAUCAAACAUGGAAGCAACACGAAAUGAAGAUUACAAUACUAGCGGAAUAUCUGACGGGACUGUUGCAAUUCCAUGUUCACCAUUAUCGAGAGACAUCAAUGAAAUGAAUAAUGCAAGAAACAUACAAGAAAAAACUUGUAUUAGUAAUAGAGUAAUUAAGAUGCAGGCUAUCGAAAUAAAAACUCAAAAUAAAAAUCUAGUCAUGAAUCAACGAAAUAAAAAAAUGGAACUUGUCUUUGUCCCUCAUAAUUUCGAGGAAUCUCAGGCGCCAAUAUCACGAUUAUAUAAAUAUAUUAACAAAAAGAAAUGUACCAAAAAACAUAAAUUAUCAUGUAAAGAAAUAAAAUACGCUUAUAAGAUAACAGAUAAAUUUGUAAAGAAGCAAUUACGACGACUUAUGAAUAGUGAUUGGAAAGAUUCUAUAUAUGAUUCCAUACAUGACGAUAUAAAAGUAAAAUUGAAAAAUACUUGCGGACCUCGUAUCAUAGCCAAAUGCAUAGUAGAGUUUAUAAUAGACGAAGUCGAUCAUACAGAAGCUUUGGAUAAAUCAUUUACUCCCCCAGCACCAUUGAUGACGAAAUUUGAACAGAAGAUCGUAACGUUAUUAUUCGAUUUAGAAGCAUCGAAACCAAUGGUGAUUUAUUUCGUACAAGCUGCCAUCGAAUUUCAUAUGUUUAGACUUGAUAGUGAUGUGAAGGACCCGAUUGAUUCGCUCACACGGAUAUAUGUCGUUCUGUCACGUAUUCAGAAGGAUAGAGAAAAAGUACGCAUGAUGUGUUGCAGUGCUCUCUAUUGCAUGAAUCUGAAAUCAAUAGCUGUUUUAAAUACAAUAUUAAUGUGCUGGUCUGAAGUUCUUCCGAAUGCUGAGACGAACAAAGAAAUAUUAUCAAAAUGCAUAGCCUUUCUUAUCAACUCACUACAUAUUAGUACCGAUAAAGACCGAAUAUUAAAGAAAUUAAAGCAUUUAAAAUCAUUGGUAUCGAGAUGUCAUAACUAUACUAGCGAAACAGUAAAUGAUAUUGUUAAGGAACUUAUGACUGCUCUUAAAGCUAAACGGAUCGAGGGUUUGGAUACAGCUAUUAUACUUGUUGCAAAGCGAGAAAAGGCACAAUGGACAUAUAAAAAUAUUAUUGAAUCUGUUCUAUUACCAAUGAUUAUAAGUAAUCAACAUCCCUGCAUAUACAGUGCAUUUUCUUUACUCGGAAGGCUUUUGCGCGCAUUCCCAUUACAAGAUAAAAAUCAAAUUGUGCACGACAUCUCUGAACAGCUCUGUGUCCUUAUCCAAUCUGGCCAAGGUUCACACGAUCAACAAGAAGGCAUAAUAUCUGCAUUGCUCAGCCUUUCAAGACAAAAAUUCGAUGUUAUAUCGUGGCCUGUAAUAAAAUGGACGCCGAGUAAAUCUUUAAGACCGAUUGUCGACACACAACUGCAGACGUUCUUACAUACACGUACUUCAAAAUUUUGGAAAGAAUAUUUACAGAAAAAAAAUAUUAAACUUAUCCAAAGUAAAACUUGA